CGGUUAGCUGACCCGUAGGCCACUUCAAUUUUGUGCUUCUUCCAUUUCCCUUAUAAGAGUUUUUAUUUCCCUCUAUUCCUUCUUUCACCCGUUUUUCAUGAUGUCCUACAGUCCAACCACCCACUACUUGCCGCCGCCGCCGCCUCCCCCGAACUACUACUCAUCACCACAACUCCCUCAGCCUCAUGUCGCGGCUCCCCAAUCCCGGCAAGAAACUACUCAACAGCGCAAGCGCCCCAAAUAUACCCGUUCAAAGACAGGAUGUUUGACUUGUCGCGUCAAAAAAAUCAAGUGCGAUGAGACCAAGCCAAAUUGCAUGCGAUGCACCCACGGUCAGAGAGAUUGCACUUGGCCCGAAGGUGCUCCAGCACGAAAGAAGUCGACAACGAGAAAAGAUUCUUUGGAAUUGGAUGGCCGUCCAUCUACUGCUGGAUCAUCGAUAUCGGAAGGCUCUACUCCCCCAACUAGAGACCGCACUCCGCCCCGAUCACAGCCUCUUGAGCUUGAUCUACCGCCUCUUGCAUCUAGGAGAACAACGUCUGAACCGUACCUUCAGCUUCAUCCUUUACCCUCUGGUGAACAUUCAUCCCUUCGUCGCCAUGGUAGCAACGAUCGGUUUGCAUACACCCCUUCUGGCCCUUUACUGAAUUCGUUGCCCGAGCAUAUCGCUUACGCCCCUUCACAUCGCUAUGAUCAUGCAUAUGUUAUUCACCCGAUUGGGCGUCCAACUGUUGGUCCAGGUAUUCGUCCUGCGGAGCACAUCCCUCCCUCUGGUCAUUGGCAUGUUCCUCCAAUGCUUGCUCCAGUCCACGUUGAACCCUAUUAUCCGCCGAUGACUAUUCGAAACGCGAUCCAUAGUCCAUCCCAAGAGCAACAUCACCAUCGGUAUCAAUGAAGAAAACAUCUUACGACUCACUCAAUCAAUACUACCCCAAAUAAUAACGAACAGAACGCCCACGUCACAUUCAUAUCCUUCUGUCUGUCUGUCUGCGCGCCUGCAAUUCAUGCUAAUCCGAUCUAGGGAACAGGGUGCGACGGGCGGGAAUUUUGAAAUAAUGAUGCUAAGUUAUUGGCAAUGAAAUUUUGGAACUUCCACAUCAAAAUUCUAUUCACAUUCCCAUAUUUGUAUUUUAUAACAUAGUCCAAGUUAUUGUCUGCUAU